AUGUCGUUUGAAGCCUACGAAGACGCCACCGGGCUGCGAUACGCAUGGAACGUGCUGCCGCAGAAUAAGGUGGACGCCAAGAACUACGUCGUGCCGUUCUCGUGCCUGUACCAGCCCUUAAGACCAACAGACACUCCCUUGUUGUUGGAAGGACCCCCAACAGUUUGUCGCGCGUGCAAGGCCAUCCUCAACCCGUACUGCCAGCCAGAUCUCAAUACGCGAACCUGGUCGUGUCCGAUUUGCAAGACCCGCAACCAGUUCCACCCCCAGCUGGUGGAAAUGCCUUUCCAGACCCGUCCCGAGGCUGAAAACAUCGAGUACAUCUUGCCGCCGCCGGCGACCCAGCAGCCGUACGUGUUUGUGUUCGUGGUGGAUCUUUGUUUGGACGUCGAGGGACUCGAAUCCCUGAAAGAGAACCUCAUUGUGGCCAUGAACCUGAUUCCUCCCGAUGCACUGGUUGGAUUCAUCACGUUCGGCAAAAACGUCAACGUUCACGAGAUCGGCCACCAGGACUCGAACUCCAGCUUCUGUUUCAACGGAGCAAAGAGCUACACGCCAGACCAGGUGGAAAAAAUCCUCGGCGUGCUCUCCGGCGACCUCAAAGCCAGCAGAAAACCAACCCCUAAUGCGCUGGAGAUGCCCCUGAACCCUGCAAAUAGAUUCAUCCAGCAGCUGGCCAUGUGUGAGUUCCAGCUUACCACCCUGAUCGACUCGCUCACUGCAGACUCGUUCCCGGUGGAAAAAUACCAUAGAAACCAACGUGCAACCGGAGCGGCCCUCAACGUCGCGGUCAACUUGCUCUCGUCGACCUUCUCAAAGACCGGAGCGCGUGUCAUGCUGUUCACCGGCGGCCCUGCAACAUACGGCCCGGGUAGCAUCGUCGACACCCCGUUGAAGAAUCCAAUCAGAUCUCAUAGCGAUCUGCAAAAGGAUGCUACCAUGCUCAAGAACUUUAGAAAAGCCCGCAAAUUCUACGACGACCUCGCCAGCACGGCUUCUCUUGCCGGACACACCGUCGACAUUUUUGUGGGCUCGUACGACCAGAUAGGUUUGGCCGAAAUGGAAGGCUUGGUCCACAACACAGGAGGAACGGUUAUCCAGAGUGACGGAUUUUCCACUGCGAUUUUCAAGCAGUCCUUGCAACGUCUGUUCAACAGGUCGGCCUCGGGAACGCUCGAGUUUGGGCUCAACGCCACGCUCGAGGUCAAAACCACAAACAACCUCAAGAUCAACGGGAUUGUUGGUCACGUGACCUCGCUGAAGCGCAAGACAGCCGCUGUUUCAGACACAGAGAUCGGCAUUGGCGCCACGGACUCGUGGAAAUUGGACGGGGUUUCCGUGCACUCGACGUACGGCGUGUACUUUGAGCCGGUGGUGGAAACGGGCAGCACUUUUGCGGUGAUCCAGUUCAUCACCAGCUACCAGCACUCGGACGGCAGCAGGAGACUACAUGUGACCACCAGUCAGCGACCAUGUGUCCAGCAGGGCCAGAAUGCAAUCGACUACUUUGACCAGGAGGCUGCUGCGGUUUUGGUGGCUCGCCAGGCUCUGUACAAAGUUCUCAAGGACAACUCCACGGACGCGAUCCGGUGGGUCGACAAAGUUCUGGUUGAUUUGUGUUCCAAAUUCGGUAGCUAUAAAGUGAACGACCCGAACUCGCUUGUUCUGUCGCCGAGUCUGAACCUGUUCCCGCAGUUCAUGUAUCAUCUGAGACGCUCGAACUUCAUCCAAAUCUUCAAUUCGUCGCCGGACGAGACCGCGUUCUACAGACAUUGUUUCCUUACGGAGGAGUGUAUGAACUCGCUGAUCAUGAUCCAGCCAACGUUGACGUCAUUCGAGAUCGAGGCCGAACCGGAGCCGGUGCUGUUGGACUCGCUGUCGAUCAAACCGAAUCGGAUCCUGCUGUUGGACACGUUCUUCCAUCUGUUGAUUUACCACGGGUCUCAAAUAGCAGACUGGAGAAGACACGGGUACCAGGACCUGCCGGAUUACGAGUACUUCAAAGAGUUCUUAAACCUGCCCCGGGUGGAGGCUGCGGACAUUCUGGUGGACCGAUUCCCGUUGCCACGGUUCAUUGACACCGAGGAAGGCGGGUCACAAGCUCGGUUCCUCAUGUCCAAGUUAAACCCUACAACGUCGUACAAAAACAACGACGAACUACAGAUUUUGGGCGGGGGUCAAGCAGAAACCGGCGCAGUGAUCCUCACGGACGACGUGAGUCUGCAAACGUUCAUGCAACACGUCAAUACGGCCGUGGUGAAGCCGUCAUAA